AUGCACUGCAGCCAAGGGCGGCUGAGAGGCCAAGACUGGCAUCAGGCAAGAGCAGGCUCAGCCCUGCCCAUGGUGGAGCAGAUCCUGUCAGAGUUCCGGCUGCAGGAGGAGGAUCUGAAGAAGGUGAUGCAUCGGAUGCAGAAGGAAAUGGAUCGGGGUCUGAAGCUGGAGACGCACGAGGAAGCCUCUGUGAAAAUGCUGCCCACUUACGUACGCUCCACGCCCGAAGGCUCAGAGGUCGGGGACUUCCUGUCGUUGGAUCUCGGUGGCACCAACUUCCGUGUGAUGCUGGUGAAAGUGGGCGAAGGGGAAGACGGGCAGUGGAGCGUAACUACGAAGCACCAGAUGUAUUCCAUCCCAGAGGAUGCCAUGACGGGAACUGCCGAAAUGCUCUUCGAUUACAUCUCCGAAUGCAUCUCCGACUUCCUGGAUAAACACCAGAUGAAACAUAAAAAGCUGCCUCUGGGCUUCACAUUCUCCUUCCCCGUGAGGCAUGAGGAUAUUGACAAGGGGAUCCUUCUGAACUGGACGAAGGGUUUCAAAGCAUCAGGAGCUGAAGGGAACAACAUUGUGGGGCUUUUGCGGGACGCUAUCAAGCGCCGAGGGGAUUUCGAGAUGGACGUGGUCGCCAUGGUCAAUGACACGGUGGCUACAAUGAUUUCCUGUUACUAUGAAGAUCACCGGUGCGAGGUUGGCAUGAUAGUGGGUACCGGCUGCAACGCCUGCUACAUGGAGGAGAUGGAGAACGUGGAGCUGGUGGAGGGGGACGAGGGCCGGAUGUGCGUGAACACCGAGUGGGGAGCCUUCGGGGCCUCAGGAGAGCUGGACGAGUUCCUCCUGGAGUACGAUCGGGUGGUAGACGAGACCUCACUUAACCCCGGGCACCAGCUCUAUGAGAAGAUGAUUGGAGGCAAGUACAUGGGAGAGAUCGUGCGGCUGGUGCUGCUAAAACUGGUCAAUGAAAAUCUGCUCUUCCACGGGGAGGCGUCCGAGAAACUGAAAACCAGAGGCAGCUUCGAAACCCGCUUCGUCUCGCAGAUUGAAAGCGACGCUGAUGACCGGAAACAGACCUACAACAUCCUGACAUCCUUCGAGCUGCUGCCCUCACUCACGGACUGUGACAUCGUGCGGAUGGCGUGCGAGAGCGUCUCCACGCGGGCGGCACACAUGUGCUCGGCAGGGCUGGCCGGCGUGAUCAACCGCAUGCGGGAAAGCAGGGGCGAGGAGAGGCUGAAGAUCACCGUGGGCAUCGAUGGCUCGGUCUACAAGCUCCACCCCAGCUUCAAAGACCAGUUCCACGCGAUCGUCAGACAGCUGACGCCAGGCUGCGACAUCACCUUCCUCCAGUCAGAGGAGGGCAGCGGCAGGGGGGCCGCCCUGAUCUCGGCGGUAGCGUGCAAAAUGGCCUGCCUGAUUGGCCGGUGAGCGGGGCCGCUGGCCAAAGGACCACGGAAGGAGCAGCCACGGCUGGGGUGUGGCUCCAGGGCGAGUUCUUUAGAGCGCGUGAGCCCAGGAGCAGAAACAACAAUUGAAGGGGCGGGGCUGUCCCUGACCCCGCCCACCUGCCUCCCACCUGUCCUAGCCACUGUGCUAGCCAUGCCAGCUGCACUGUGUCCCCUUGCUGUUCCUCAGCCCUCU